ACGGUUUCAGUGCUGCACAAUAAUGGCAGCUGUGGAAAAGGCACAUGUGGAGAACUCAGCAGAGAUAUUAGAAGAAGAUUCUGAGCCCCAGGAGGACCACAACGCUGAGAGUGAUGAUUCUGACAGAGGGAGUGAUGGAGAUGGGUCAGAGGAUGGAGGGAGCGAUGAUGGAGAAGAGGAGGAUGGAGAGAGUGAUGGGGAACAGGCUGAGGAUGGAGGAAGCGAAGGAGAGAAAGAGGAGGGUGAAGGCAACAAGGAAGUAGAUGAUGUAGACACCAACCCCAAUGCUGGAUGGGCGGAGGCCAUGGCCAAGAUUCUGCAGAAGAAAACACCAGAGAGCAAACACAGCAUCCUGCUGAAGAACAAACAGCUGGACAAGAUGAAGGAGAAGGAGAAGAAGGAGUAUCUGGAGAGGAAGAAACAGACUGAUAAAAAGCGAGCUUGGGAGAUGAUGUGUCGAGAGAAACCAGACGUUGUAAAAGACCGAGAGAAUGAGAAGAACCUGCAGAGAGUUGCUACCAGGGGGGUAGUACAGCUGUUCAACGCCGUGAGGAAGCACCAGAAAACGGUGGAUGAGAAGGUGAAGGAGGCGGGUGGCUCGGAGAGGAAGAAAGCCAAGCUCCUCUCCUCUGUCUCCAAGAAAGACUUCAUCAAUGUGCUGCGGGGCACAGAGGGGGGUAGCGAGAUCAUAACCAAGACAGAGAGACAGACGACCGGCAGGGAGGUAGAAGAGAAGCCAGCCUGGAGCGUGCUGAGAGACGACUUUAUGAUGGGAGCCUCCAUGAAGGACUGGGACAAGGAGAGCGACGAGGAGGGGGGUGAGCAGGAGGCACCAGGGGGUGCGGAGGACUACAACAGCGAGUCGGACUGAACAGACAGGCCCAUCUCUGUAAGUGUGUGUAUGACUGAGCACACCCAGGAGUGUGUGUGUGCACAAGACCGUGCCUUUGUGUCCACUGUGAGGAAUGGAGCUGAGGAAUGGAGCUGAAGGGUCCUGCAUCGCUGAGAUCAGCUCAACCCAGCCUCCCUCUCCUCUUCCCCCAGAGGCAGUCCUACCAGGCCCAAAGACCCCUCUUUGACUUUUCUAUAUGGAACCAGGAGCUGAAGAAAGACUGGGGUCAAAGUCCUGUUCCACAAUGCUUUGGGUCAGGAUACCUAGUUUGUGUAAUGCUGGUGCUCUCUGGCUUGUCAAUGUCCAUUUGUCCAUGAACAUUUUUCCAUCUGAACUCUGUUGUAUAUAGACCUUUUUUUCCUAACAGUUGCAGCAUGGCCCUCAAUAAAAAGCCAGUUGAUAAACGUU